AUGUUGCGCCGUAAGCCCUCCAACGCCGGCGAGAAGGAGCCCGCUCAGAAGAAAAAGCUCUCGCUUCAGCGCUCCAGCAGCUUCAAAGAUUUUGCCAAAUCCAAACCCAGCUCCCCAGUGGUGAGCGAGAAGGAAUUUAAUCUGGAUGAUAAUAUUCCGGAAGGUGACUCAGGUGUUCCGAGCCCAGAGGAUGCUGGAAAGAGCAGCAAAAAGCUGGGGAAGAAGUGGAGGGCCGUGAUUUCCCGAACCAUGAACAGGAAGAUGGGCAAGAUGAUGGUGAAGGCCCUGUCGGAGGAGAUGGGAGAUACUCUGGAGGAGGGCUCAGCCUCCCCGACGUCUCCGGACUGCAGCCUGGACAGCCCCGGCCCUGAGAAGAUGGCGCUGGCCUUUUCUGAGCAGGAGGAGCAGGACCUCCCAGCACUCAGCCGCCAGGCAUCCACAGGCAGUGAGCUCUGCAGCCCCAGCCCAGGCUCUGGCAGCUUCGGGGAGGAACCACCUGCCCCCCAGUACACAGGGCCCUUCUGUGGCCGGGCACGAGUCCACACCGACUUCACUCCCAGCCCCUAUGACCACGACUCACUGAAACUGCAGAAAGGAGAUGUGAUCCAGAUCAUCGAAAAGCCACCUGUGGGCACGUGGCUGGGCCUGCUCAAUGGCAGGCUGGGCUCUUUCAAGUUCAUCUACGUGGAUGUGCUGCCCGAGGAGGCUGUGGGACCUGCCCGCCCCAGCCGCCGACAGAGCAAGGGCAAGAGGCCCAAGCCCAAGACUCUGCAUGAGCUGCUGGAGCGCAUCGGCCUUGAGGAGCACACGCCCACCCUGCUGCUCAAUGGCUACCAGACGCUGGAGGACUUCAAAGAGCUGCGGGAAACACACCUCAACGAGCUGAAUAUCAUGGACCCACAGCAUCGGGCCAAGCUGCUCACGGCUGCUGAGCUGCUGCUGGACUACGACACCGGCAGCGAGGAGGCGGAAGAGGGCGCCGAGAGCGGCCAGGAGCCAGUGACGCACACGGUGGCGGAGCCCAAGGUGGACAUCCCACGUGACUCGGGCUGCUUCGAGGGCUCAGAGAGCGGGCGCGACGAGGCAGAGCUGGCGGGUGCCGAGGAGCAGCUACACGGCCUCUCCCUGGCCGGGGCACCUUGAGGCGGCAGUGUGGGCCGAGGCUGGGCCCGAGCAGCCCAGGCCGUGGGGCUGGACCCAGCCUCCCGCGGUGACCCCGGGCCGGAGGACUGGCACCGAGCCCGGCCCUGCUCCCCCAGGGGUGCCUAGGGCAGCAGAGGCCGGCCGAGCCCUACAGGCGCGGCUGGAGUGCACGACAAGCCAAGCCGCCGAAGCCGGGCCGCCUCCCUCCACCAGCUACUUGACAGCACAGCCCUUCCAGCUGCGGCCGGAGCAGGAGGGGCACUGAGGGGCCACCGGGCCCAUGUCCCUCACCACCAAGGCCUCCAAACCCUCUUUGCCUCCACACCACCUUCCCCUGUCGCGCUGCUCCUGAAAAGGGGGCCGAGUCGGUGGUUCAGGUCAGUCUCAAUACCCUAGGGAAUCUGGUCAUUGAAAAGGACUCUAAUUGAUCACAGGUGAAUCCAGAUUCUCUAAAUAAGGUUUGAAGAGAGCCACGUGUACAUGUAUCUUUCCUACUUCCUUCACCUUAAUUUUCUUACAGGUUUAGCCACUAAAUCACUGUGCCACUUGAACCGAGUGCCUUCCUCAGUCUGGGUCUAGGACGGGUCAGAAUAAGAAUGGAUAGUUGCCGAGGGCCAACUCUGACAUUCUGUGAUAUUAAACGUCUGCUGCCCCGCUACCUGUGGCCCAGGACACCAGUGGGGUUUACUAAGGGGGCUGGAGGGGCCUUGGGCUCCCAGAUGAAACAUCUCCUCCUGCUCAUCCAUUCCAUACCUCCCCAUGUAACUCAAGCCAAGCUGCAACUCCCCCAGCUUAAAACAAUGCCCACACCUCAGACAACAAGCGCCCUCCCCUUCCACUCCCAGCCCCUUAAAUGACACUUCCCCCAAGGCCAAUGGCAGAUGGCCCGACCUGGCAGACUGGCCCCUCAGAAGCAAGACUUGGCCUCUCGUGGGUCCUUACAAGCAAAGAAAGCACAAAGCUCGAUACUGGGGAGUCCACUAUCCCACCUUUACUCUGCUAAAGGUUUUGAUGUACCUUGAGCUCCAGAAGGGGAGGGAGAGUCAAGUAUCCUGGUACUUGACCCCAGUACCAAGUCUAUGCCCAGAAUUCCCAGAGUAACCCUUUCCCGGGGCAGGCCCAACUGGCCUGAGGGCAAACAGUGCCCGCCAUGUCUUGGACUGCCUGUUUAGUGGACACUUUUGGACCUAGAACCAGGAACUCUGGUAGAAGCCAUCUUGGGGGAGAGGUUUGUAAAUAUGAGGCGGGUGGAGGGAGAUGGGUUGGUAGCA